AUGCUAGUUGUGCGGGAGGGAGUGGGGAGGGAUUUGAGGCCAAAAGGGCGUGGAAGACCUCAACGAAUACUGUUGGGAAUUUGGCCUGAAGACCAUAUCAGAGGGGUUAUCAGGGCUGUUGUCUUCAGAGACCCUCAGCACAUGAAAGAAGAAACUCUUAAUCUUGGAUACCCUCAUCGCAUGCCUAAAUCUCAGCUCUGCACUCCUGAGAGUGUUCACAGCUACGGUAGUGGUGGAGGAAGUGGUGGCGGAGGCAGUAGUGGCCCAGGCUCAGUGACAGACUCAGUGUCACCUAACUCUGCGGCAGCAGCGGUCGUCGCCGUUGCUCAGAACUUGCGGCAGCAAAUGUUGGCCGCUGCACACCAUCAUGAGCAACAUCCUCACCAAUAUGGAGGAUUCCUAGCAGCUGCUGCUGCAGCACAUUGUGGCAAUGGAGCCGCUUCCCUCAUGCUUCACUCUCCAAGUCCAGUUGACUCUUCCCCAAGGUCGUCACCUCUUACUCAACCCAACAAUAAUAUGGAGAUGGCAAUGGGCAUGGGUUACAAACCAAUGGUGAAUGAUAACAUGACGCCCAGGUCAAACGAGCAUUUAUUCCAAGAUGAAAUUGAAGAUUUAGUUAAAAGGCCCCAAUCAAAUGAAGGCCCAAAAGUUAAGCCUCAACCUAUGGUAUACAAGCCAAUGCCCAAUGAUCUCUCCGCCAGAGCUGAUCACCUGUUCCAAGAUGAUAUGGAUCUGAUGAAACGCCCUCAGCAGCCCGAACCACCAAAGGUCAAGGUUGGUAUUGGUGUUAGUGGAAUGCCAUACAAGGGCAGCUGUGAAGGAUAUGGUCCACCCCGACCGGACUCUCUCCUCCAAGACGAGUUCGAAAACUUGGUGAAGAGCCCUCCUCAGGCCGGCCAACCUAUGCAGAAGGAGCCUAUUCACAUGUCUGUCGACCAGCGCACUGACUAA